GGAAAAAGAUAGAGCACAUUAACGAUGAAAUAAAAAUCUAUAUUAUUGGUAAGUAAAUAUUGGCAUGAUUUUUAUUAAUUACGCAAGGUGGCAGAGCGAGAGAUAGGCGACAAUUGAUAUAACUGAAUAUAUUCAGUACACACGAACACUUGUGCAAGUAAUAUUUCGCAUAAUUAAUAUUCAUUUAUCGUGUUGAUCCAAAUAACACGAGGCAUUCUUGAAAGAUUUCGUUUUUCUUAGGAGACAUCGAGGACGAUGCUGGCAGAUGCCAUUUAAAUAACGAAUAUCCACUAAAAUAUUCACGCAUUGACGUGCUUGCGCUUAAGUACGGAGAAUAGAUUAGCUGAAACGUGCGUGUAACGUAAUAUUGCCGAUCGAUGAACUCUAUAUUUUCGUCAAGAUGUUCCAAAUUGCACAGCCAAAGAAUUAGAAGUAAGCAUAGACGAGUUUCGAAACAGAAGCAGCGAUGUGAAAAAGAAAACGCAUUAGAUAUCUCAGAAAAUAUAUAUUCAUCGCUGUUGGCGAUAUGCAGAGACGCUGCCAUUAUCUCCAUCGAUAAUCCUAUCCAAUAAUUCUACUGGCCUUGACCGCGUGUGUAUUGGAAGCGAUGAGAUUAAAGAAUCCUCAGUCGAGAUGAAUGCGUGUGCAACAGUUGUGUCUCUGUACGUCACCGAUCGCGCGUCAUUUCACGUUUGAAUCUAUCAAACACAGUAAGAGUAAUUGAUAGAUGUGUGCAUAGACGAUAUAUUUAUCCAGUGAACACCAACAUCAAUGAUAUAAUUUCCCAUUCGACAACGUUGAUGCAAUUUAACGCGUGUGUUGUGUCACAUCGUCAAAUGGGAAAUUGCAGCAUUGAUGCAGUUGUGUCGCUGUUGAUGAUUGAUGAUUGAUUGAUGAUUUUACCGUAUAGUUUGUAAUUCCUCUUUGGGUUUUUUUUGCGCUUCUUUAUGCUCCGUCGAACUGUCAAUUAAGAACGUCCGAUCGGACUUCGGUUCUUUAUGCAUUUGCCAUCGGACAAUUUCCCGAUAUCGUGGCGUUCUGAUAGGUGACGAUAGUGUUUGGGAACAUCCUGUCAAUAGUAAAUACCACAGGGUAAGAAGAAUUUUGCAAGCUUGUAUCGAGAGAGAAUAAAAGUCGAAAGAAAAAUUGAUCGAAUCUUAUACACGGGGACUCGUGUGUUAUCGUUUUCAAAUCGUUGCUAAAUUUCUCUCUUAUGAACUUGUCGAACAAGCAAAGCCAACAAGAGAGAGAGAGAGAGAGAGAGAGCGCGACGAAUACGUAUUGCCUUCAGGCGCCUAUUUCCAACAUCUUGGAGGACCCUUCACUACAGUCGUUUCAUCCGCACGUUUUCAGAUCAACGGACUGAAACGAAGAAAACAUGGAGCCAAGGUGGCACGAAACGUACGCGAUUCUCGUUCUGCUUUGGACCACAACGACAAAAGUCGGCGGCAUCAGGCCCGAAACUGUCCUUAGGGAUGCCCUCACGAGGCCGUUCGUGCCACACAUCUGGGCAUCGCAAGAAUGCCUGCAGGACGCCGCGAUUUAUCUGCAAGAGCUCGAAAAGUACGCACCCUGGGCGCUUCAAAUGUACGAUGCGUCUGUCAAAAUACCGACGGGCUUGAUCACCGGUAAUUACAAGCAGCUAGGCAAUUACGACGAAUGUUUGCGGGUGAAGAGCAAUCGCGGAUUCGUCGGGCAAGCUUGCCACACGUUCGUGCAAUUUAAUAUCGCGGAGAACGACGGCAAGCCCCACGAAUCGGACCUGGGAGAUCUGCUCGUCAACGUCGCGAUCGCUUCGAAUUCGACGAGAUGGACGUCCGGCAAGACGGUGCUUUACGAAUGGAUGUGGUGCGUGCCGUCUACUUGCAAUCAUACCGAGGUGCGGGAUGCUGUGGAGGAUGCGCUCGAUCCGCUCAAGGUCGAGGGGCGCGUAGACGUGAUCGUUACUGUCCCCGAGGAGUCCUGUUACACUGCGCAGACCGCGACCGCGACCUGGUCCGUCGCCGACUUCUGCUACACAUCGAUUCUCGUACUGUUCGCAUUCAUCAUUAUAGCCAGCACAGGAUACGACAUCGCUGUAGAACGUCGUCUCGUCACGAAUCGUAAAGCUCUCUUCACGGCCUUCUCUCUGUAUACAAAUGGAAAAAGUUUACUCCAAACUGAUAGACGACAGAAUUCUAUCGACUGUCUGGACGGUCUACGCUUUCUCAGCAUAUGCUGGAUUAUUUACGGUCACACGUAUUACAUAGAGGUGGUCGGUGCGAAAAUGGAUCUCACACAGGUGCCGCGAGUGAGUGUUCAGACUUUUUCUUUUCAGCGAGUCCUCCUUUUUAAUUCUCUUGAUUGUAUGGAAAUAAAACCAACGUUGAGCGUCGUCGCGACCGUUGACGGAAUUAUCUUUUCUCGUCAAAAGAUGCAUUACAAUUGGAGCAACAUGCUGAUACUUAAUGCGAAUAUCGUCACCGACACUUUCUUCCUACUGAGCGGCAUCCUGCUUGCUUACAUUGAGCUGUCGAGGGAACGGGAUACCAAUUGGCGCUUCAACGCGAUCGGCCUUUACGUGCAUCGUUACGUCAGACUGACGCCGGCUUAUGCGAUGAUGAUCGGUUUCUAUGCCACUUUGUUCGACAAACUUGGCACGGGUCUGCACUGGGACAACUGGGUUAGCGUCAACAAAAACUCCUGCCAAGUGAAUUGGUGGACCAAUUUGCUUUACAUUAACAACUACGUCAACGUGGAUAAUAUAUGCAUGGCCCAAUCUUGGUACCUGUCAGCCGAUAUGCAGCUUUUCUGGCUGUCGCCGCUUAUUCUGUAUCCCAUGCUCAAAUUCAGGAAACUCGUCUUCCUCAUUAUUCUCGGUUUUGGCUUGUUUCUCUCGGUAUUAUUACCCUUUGCUGUAACUUACAUUCACAAUUUAACGGGCACAAUACUCUACUACAAGGAGCAGGAGGACAUGGUCAACGUUUAUCUAAAGAUUUACACGAGGGUCUACAAUAGAUUUGGUCCUUACGUUAUCGGAUUAGGUCUCGGUUACUUGUUGCAUAAGACGCGGUCUCGCAACGUCAAGCUGCGUGCUUGGCACGCAACAUGCGGCUGGCUCGUAACCACUGCGGCGGGUUUGUCGAUCGUUUUCGGACCGCGCAACAUGUACAUGAACCCUUACAACAGAUUGGAAGCGAGCUUCUACGCCGGUUUUCACCGACAAGUCUUUGCACUGGCGGUCUCCUGGAUCGUCUUCUGCUGCGUCCACGGAUACGCAGGUCCCGUGAAUCAUUUCCUUUCUUGGCGUGGCUGGAUACCGUUCCGCAAAUUGACCUACUGCGCUUAUCUCUCUCAUUAUGUGUUUCUGCUGUCCGAUGUCGGGAGCGUUCGAAUCGCGGGAAAUUUAACGCCGAUGAACGUGGUACGCGCGUUCUUCGCCAAUCUGGUAUUUACAUUGAUGUUCUCCGUGCUGUGGACCCUCUGCUUCGAAAUACCCUUCAUGACCCUCGACGGGAUUUUCUCGGGGCGCAGCCGCCACGGUACCGCGGAGUCCAACAUUUGCCGAUCGAAAGAGAAGCCGUCGAUCGUGGACGACAAGAAUAACACAUUCGUCGGGCGGUACAACGUUACGGGAGAUGCAGGAGAGAAAUGCGCUAAGGAAAAUCGCGACAACGUCAUCGAGGAGACAGUACAGAGUCCCGUUUACACCAUCAGCUCGAACGAUACCAAGGUCGACAAGUGGUCCAAUAACAACCCUGAUAACAAAGAGAUGCGUUAUCUUAAUUUUUACCAUUUCCUUGACGAACGGCCGAGGACUCCGACCGGAUUCAUCAAUCAGGCUGGUUCUACUAGCGAAAACUGAUGGUGCGAAAAUUGAGAGAUCGGCAUUCUUUUCAAUCUAGUCGAAGCUCAACUUUGGCGAGCUUUAGUGGAGCGCUUUUAGCGAGCCGUUUAAUUUCAUUCCAUGUUAAAUCUAGGAAAUAAGAACGGUGUGAAUCAAUCGAAAAGAUCAAUCGAACGAAAGAAUCAAUUGUACAAGUUCGAGAUGUGACGAGUAUUAACAUCGGGUUUCGAAAUGUCUUCAACGCUUCUUCUCCGAUCCAUUUCGCUGAGAGCCCAAUGAGAGAAUUGAACUUCUGGAAAAUUGGAAUAAUUAAAAACAGGUUCUCUUUUCGGGCCGCGAAGCGCAUCGAAGAAAACCUGUUUGUUUUGAAGCCCAGUGCACAUACAUACGUGAAUAGAGACGUGAAGAUGUUCGCAAGACAGGGAAUUAACAUUGUGAUGGUAUGUUUAAUUAAUGAUAGGCAGCGUAUUUCUAAGCUUGAUAGUAGCGCUAUCGGCAAUAAACCAGAUAGCUUCUAUAUUCGGGAAUCUACCAAAGUCGCGGGUAAUAUCCGGUAUCCGCCAUUUGUUAUUGAUUCUCUUAAUGAUUGAUUUAGGUUCCUUCUCAAAUAAAAGGAAAAAGUAUGGGCACGUCUACAUUGAUGGAUGUUGACAUCACCACUCGAUAGCAUUGUGUGGCCGCUGAGCAACGUGUGCUCGCGGUAAAAAAGAAAUACGCCGCGAAAUAUGUAUAUAGGAUUGGGCAAUAAUUUUUAUCACCUUAAAUGUCUCCGAAACUAAGAGAAAGAUUCGUCCAGCAGAAAUUAUAUGGUACAGAAGCAGUCACCCUAUGUGGUGGUAACGCUUUUUUCUAAGUGGUGUAGCUUCUCAAAGAUAUGAAGGUUGCCUACAUUUUUUUAAAAAGAAGUACAAAGUUCUUUUUCUCACAUAAAUCGAUUCCUGUUUUCAUUCUGUGUAUCAAACUGCGGCAGGUUUAUCAAAAAGUGAAUAUUUCCCAAGAUAUUUUACUUUUUAUACUGAUACUUUUCAGCGCAAGAUGUGAAGUAUCUAAUUCAUUUUUCAAUGAUCUAGUACUUUUGUACGCAGGAAUCGAUUUGCGUGAAAGAAACUAUAUGAUUCCAUUUAAAAAAGCAACUUUCGGAUCUUCUCCAUCUGGAAAAAAGCAUUAUCGCCAUAAGAUGACCGCUUUUGUACCACGUAAUUUCUGCUAGAUAAAUUCUUCUCUUAUAGCUUCGAAGAUAUUGAAGGUGUUAUUAUAUCCUGUAUAAUUCGGAAAUUACUUAAGAAACCUAAACUUGUCUUUUUUACUUAUAUUUUACAUAUUUUUUUUUAUGUAAGAAUAAUGUGGUGGUGCAAUCAGUAAUCGCGCGAACUGUAUCACGUCACUUAAUAACUAUUAAAUUAUACACAUAUGGUGGAAAGUUUGUGUAAAGAGACGCAUAACUUGAGUAUGUAUAUUUGCCGGUUUACCGGUUCGCAGUAUUAUCAAUUGAGGGAGUCGUUUGUCCCGAAAGAGCAUAUCUCUUUUUUCCUCUUUCGAGACAAGAAAUCAUUUAUCGCAUUGUAUAAUCAAACACAAAAUAUUUCAAGGUUUUUUAACGUGUGCUGAUACAUCACGAUAUAUUCUUCCUUUUCCUUUCGUCGCUCUAUCUGAAAAAUUGCGACCGAUCGGUGAUGUAAUUCGAAUUCUUAGCAUCUGACAUUUUCAAGUUUUUACCACCGAGUUACUUCGGUAAGUUGGACAUAAUUUAUUUAGCACUCUGCUCACUCCGAGAUCAUAAAGAGAUCAACUACUAGAGGGUGUCCGAAAUUUUUCUGCUAAACGCUCGUCUGAAAAUAGAACGGAUAGACAUCAGUAUCAUAAUUGAACCUCGAACCUGUCGUUAGGUACAAUCAUAUACUUGUAGAUUAGGCCACUCUGACUAAAAAAGGUUUUUGCAAAUAACACACAAAUUUAUAAGUUAUCAACUAAAGAAGCCUCUACGGCAAUUUUCAAUAACUCGAAAUUUUGCGUUGUUUGCGAAAUGGUAGAAGACUUUUCUGGUCGGUUUAACCCGUUCUAUCUUCAUACGAGUUUGGCAGAAAAGUUCCGGACACACUCUCUCUUUCUCUCUCUGUAUACAUAUAUAGUUAUUAGUGAAUACGAAUAGAAACAAGAAUGGCAAAUAUCACGAGGCAAUGAGGUUUGAUUGCGUCAUUAUUUUUUCACCAUUUACCAUUCUUUCGAAUCGACGCAGUCAAACGAUGCCGAAAUAAAGUUC